GCCAAGCAGCCACGGAGAAGGCCAAGAAGCCGAACAAGCGAGGAGGCAGGUCGGCGGACACGCGUCAGCACCGCGAGCUCCGAGGGACCGCCUUUAGGAAGCUCAAGGCGUGCGGCAGCAGAGCGCAGCUCACGCAGGAGGAGCGAGCAGCGGUGACGAGGCAGCUGAGAAGCGACAUCGAGAGGCUGACGACGGAGAGUCAGAACAUGAGACAGGAACUUCAGAACAGAGACGUGACGAUCGCAGAGAUGCGAGGUCAGCUUCAAGCUCAGCAACAGGCUCAGCAGCAGCGGGUAGCCCCGCGCGGCGAGAUGAUGGAUCCGAAGAUUCUUCACAAGGUGAAGCCGUUCGACGGCCACAGGGCGAGUUGGAAGACGUUCAGUUUCCAGUACAGAGCGUACCUGAUCGCCCAGGAUCGAAGGUACCGAGAUCUUCUGGAAAGGUGCGAGGACGGAGCCCAGGAGGUGGACAACGUCAACCUGGACGCGCAGGAGGAAGAGCUAAGCACGCAGUUGUACUACGGCCUGGUCCUGGCGAUGCCCGAGGACUCAGUAGGCGAGCUGAUCGUGAGGAACAGCCCAGUAGGAGAAGGAGCCGAGUGUUGGAGGAAACUUCAGAAGGAGUACAACCCGAGCGAGGCAGGAAACGUGCUGGCGAUGUGGACCAAGCUCACGGACACGAAGUUCGACGCCAAAGAAGACGUGAUGGUGAGCAUCAGCAAGCUGGACGAGGACAUGACAAGGUACCAGAAGAUGGCAGGAGAACCAGUCUCGGACCUGAUCAAGCGAGGCAUCCUUACAAAGGCGCUGAAGGAUCACGACGAGCUGCAGAAGCACGUGUUUCGGAACAGCAGUCGGCUAAGUACGUACGAGCUCCUGAGAGCCGAGGUGGUGUCGGCGUUGAUGGCAGAGCGAGCGGUUCAGGACGACCCGAUGGAGAUAGGCGCGCUGAAGGGCGGAAAGAGACCGUGGAAAGGCCGCGGCAAAGGGAAAGACGGCAAGGGCAAGGAGAGGCCACCGAAUCCCGACGCCGAGAUCGAGUGCCACUACUGUCACAAGAAGGGCCACCGCAGCGCAAACUGCCGAAAGCGGAUCGCCGACGAGAAGAAUACAUCCGAGAAGGACAAGAAGGACAAGAAGCAGCUCCGUCUCAAGAAGCGCAGCCACACGAUCGACUGGAAGUACUGCUUGCCUAGCUACCACCAAUAUGUCUGCUGCUCUUGCAAGAAGACCUUUGAAGGAUGGCGAUGGCACUUCGAUCAGUGGAAGCUGGACUACUGUGCCGCGUGUGCCGAGUACUGCCUGGACAACUGGUUCAAGGACGAGGAAGAGCCAGACGACAACGAGAAGCAUGUCACCGUCGCUGGUCUUCGGCCCGUGGAUGAAGAUCAGAGCCCUGCAGAUGACCGAUUGCGGUUAGCCCCGCUUCGGAAUGCGAUCAUGCUCGACUCAGGUGCGCAGAUCAGUGCGAUACCGAGAUCACAGGUGACCAAGCAUAACUACACGCCGACGGACAGCAACGUUGUCGGCUUGAAGGGCAUAGGAGGCGAGGAGAUCGAGAGGUACGGCCACGUGGUCACUGGAUCAUCAACGGUACCGUCGAGCCACCUGACGGAGCUGAGUUCGUACCUCUACGGCGUCACCAAGGAACCAGCUGAUGAGAACAAGAUCCCGAAGGUCAUGUUCGACAUCUUUUACGUAGGGACGGACCAGCUGGCUGCGAAGUACAAGCUUAAAGGAGGUUACUUCAGCAUCAGGGAGAAGAUGUCGGUCACGAAGGCCGAGCUAGACCAAGCGGUCUCUGUCUUGAAUGUUAUCGACUGUAAGAUCUUGGCUCAGGCGACGUUGUACGCGAACAAGGAGACGGAUGACUACAAGGUGUCCUUCCUGCUAGGCGUGCUGGAAGCUUGGGGCCACACAACAGUCAUACUUCAGACAGACCAGGAGCCUGCCACCAUGGCUCUGGCGCAGGCAGUUCGAGAUCGCAGAUCACACUCAACCUUGGUGCGGGGAUCACCGCCCUUUUCCAAGCAAAGUGCAGGCUACGCUGAAGGAGCUAACAAGCUAGCAGCUGGUCUACUUCGAGCCUACAAGCUGAAGCUGGAGCACAAGCUGGGCUGUGAGAUCAAGAUGACGGAUCCGAUCGUGCCAUGGCUUGUGAACUCAGUGGGGUGGAUGAUUACCAGAUUCCAGCCUCGCAGUCACGGAGGUUCCUCCUACAAGAUGCUCUACGGCAAAGAGUACAACGGCGAGAUUGCGGAGAUGGGUGAGCAGGUCUGGUAUCGGAUCUCAGCCAGAGUUGCCGCGGGACGUGGCAAAUGGGAAGCCCGCUUCGCAAAAGGAAUCUGGGUUGGUAAGAGUGAGCUGGACGAUACACAUCUCGUGAUCGAUCCUGAACGUGGAGUGCAGAAGGUCAGAACGGUGCGAAGGAUGCCUGAGGAGUUCAGAUGGCAGCCCGAGCUCAUCCAGCACAUCAGGGUGACGCCCUGGAAGCAGACGCCCGACAAGAGUUCAGGAACGAUCGGACGCAGCAUGUACAUCACGGAGCGCAUGAUCGAUGCUCAUGGUCCUACUGACGAGUGCAGGAAGUGCAGUACAGGAUACGGUUCGCAUUCGGCAGCCUGCCGACAGCGUUUCGAGACCAUUCAGGCCGACUUGCUGCGCGAGAAGUUGGCAAAGGACCCUGUGGCCCCUGAGGUGCAGACAGCCAUGGACACGGAGAGUGGCGAGCUCAGGAGCCACUUCGGAGAUCCUGAGGAUCAGCAGGUGGAGCAGAUGGUUGAGGUGAGCGCCGAGCUGCAUGAGAAAGACCAGUGGAGCCCAAAGACGAUACACUACGAUUACUAUACUGGAGAGCCUCUGGAUGAGGACCUGUAUCAGAAGGGUCGCGACGACGAGCUGCAGGCCAUGAAAGACUACGGGGUCUACGUGGAAGUGGCGACAUCGACGGCGACUGACGGCAAGCACAUUGGAGGUUUCCCGAUAGCCCACAUGAAAGAAGGAAAGGUCAGGUGGAGGUUCGUAGCAACCGAGGUGAACAAGUACGAGGUCAGGGAGGACAACCACCAAGGCACGCCCCCGCUCAUGAUUGUCAGAGCGACGCUGAGCCGUGCCGCUUCAAGUCCAACUUCCAGCGGGCAGCACCUGCGGAAGAUACAAGUCUGGGACGUCAGGAAGGCUUUCUUCAACGCUGACUUAGACGAGACGAUCUACGUGCAUCCUGGGAGAGAGCUGUGUCCGCCUGGAAGGUGCUGGUGGUUACGCAAGGCCAUGAACGGUACCAGGAAGGCGUCGCAGAUGUGGGGUGAGCUUGUGAGAACUACUAUGGACGACGGCCAUUGGGAAUGCUUGGUUGGAACUCCUAACGUGUUCUACUUACCUGCUAGCCCCAACACAGCCCCCUUCGACGAGGAUAGCACAGCGAUCUGCCAUGGCGAUGACUUUCUUGCUGAAGGCUACGACGAGCAGCUGGACGAGCUGGACGAGUUGUUGAAGCAGCAGUUUGAGGUCACGGCCAGCGCCAGACUUGGACCAGGAGCGGUGGGGCAGACUACAUACCUCAAGAGGACGAUCGGCUACACCGACAAGUUGCCAGGUUGCGAGGAGCCAGGUUUCUUCUGGACUGCCGAUCCCAAGCAUGUGGACUUCAUGAUCAAGUGGACGCAGAAGCGAGGACUUCAGUGUAAGACUUACCUGAUCGAGACCCAGAGGCCCUGCAACCUGAAGAUCUAUAGUGACAGCACAGCUGGACGUGGCAUGUGCAGCCGAGUUGGGGUGGGCAAGGUCAGGCAUCUGGAGCUGAGGUACUUGUGGAUUCAGGAGCGGUUGCGUCUCAAGGCGUUCGAGCUUCACAAGGAGGACACCAGCAAGAUGACAGCCGACAUGCUCACGAAGUACAGCGAGUGGCCGACAAUCGAGAAGCAUUGCACCACUCUCAACCUCAGGUUCGGAAAGCAGAUGACGGGCUUGAGCGCAAUGGCAGUUUUCACGGAGGUCGUGACGAAGGCGUCAGGCGAGAAGGUGACAGUGUACGGAGGAUCUGACGAGGUUGCGGUUUGCCCCGCGCCUGUCAGCCACUAUGUGGAGAGCGAGGAGUUCAGGUUCUACUUGAUGUUGGGACUUGUUAUGGUGACUGCAGCGAGUACUUUCUUAUUGGGGUGCUGGUGUGGUUGCUACUUCAAGAACUUCUACGACAAGUUCUUCCUCCAGGGUGCGGUUAGCCCCGCCUCUGGAAGCACUUGCCCACCAUCUGCGCGGGCUGACGUCGAGUUCAAGACCGUGUGUGCACAGCAGGACAAAGGUGCAAGGCACAAGCUCUUAAACACGUUUCUUGUGGCUGAGCUGCGAGCUGUCUUGAAGGCCAAGAGCCUGGCCGUGUCAGGGAUCAAAGAAGACCUGGUCACGAGGAUGAUCAAGCACGGAGGUGUUCUGUCGGAUCGCCAGGCCAAGGAGAUCGAGCAGCUGCGGGUGAUGGCUACAGCGCAUGGACCUCUUGCCAAGCUUAGCUUGCAGGACAUCAGCAGUCCAGAGGCUGCGCAGAAGUGGAUCGAGACGUUCAAGGGCGAGUGCCGAGACCGUUCCAGAGGCUCUCAGGUGAUCCACGGAGAGGGCUAG